AUGGACAACGAAGCUGUCGAUAGAGAAAUCAAGCGCAUGCGAGCGCAACAGGCCGAACUAAACGUAGCUGCGGCCUAUGAGGACGCAGGUCAGCCGGCCGAAGGAACGAGUAACACAUUACUCAUCGAACUCGUACACAGUAUUCGCGAAAUACAAACUGAAAUGCAGUACAUGCGCGAACAAAUGCGAAAUAUGCAAACCGCACAAGCAAAUUUAAACGAAGAAGAACGAACACUCGUAAAAAUUUGCGAAGAAUACAAUGAUAUAUUCCAUCUGGAAGGAAAACCACUGACAUGCACCGCGACGGUCGAGCAUGAGAUAAGCACGCGUGCCGACACCGCGCCGGUGAAUGUGAAACCAUACCGAUUACCCGAGAAGCAUAAGGCAGAAGUAAAUCGACAAGUACAAGAAAUGCUGCAAGAUGAAAUUAUCAAGACAAGCACGAGUAGAGCACGAUUGGCUAUGUCGGCACAUGACUCUCCGUCUUCUGCUAAAAAUAAUGAGUCAGUCACAAAGAAUGAUGUCAUCAGUAGUUCGAUAAGUGAAACUGAACACAUUAUUCCGACUAUUAUUAAAGAAAGCAACCAGUCUGGAGACAUAUCAAAUUUUCCAAUUAUGUUCAAUCAAUCAAAAAAGUUUAAAACCAACUCUAAUUCUCCGACAAAUAUUGGAGUAAAAUUUGAUUCUCAGGAUAAUAUAUUGGACGAUAUAAACGAUUUAAAUUUAGAGCAUAAUUGGAGAAAUAAAAACACAACACAAACAAACAAAAGAAAAACAUAUUUGGAUAAUUGUCCAGACUGGGAUAUAAGUCAUACAGGAAAGACGCGCAUGGGAGUCGCAAAUCUGCAAAAUGUUAGAGAGUUGCCGUUUGCGGCACAAUACAGCACAAACGGAGCACAAUGCAGCACAAUCAAGAAAAAUUCAAAAUUCGAAAAGUGCGGGGCUAACUUCACACACAUAGAUACAUCAGGAAAACCGAAACUCCGCGUAGUCAUAGACUUCCGAAAAUUAAAUGAAUUAACCAUAGGCGACUCAUUUCCGUUGCCCAAUAUUACUGAUAUUCUAGACCAACUGGGAAAUGCAAAAUAUUUCAGUACAUUAAAUCUAGCGUCAGGAUAUCACCAGAUCCCAAUGGCUGAAAAGGAUAAAAGUAAAACCACUUUCUCAACUCCCUACGGACAUUACGAAUUUAAUCGAAUGCUGUUUGGAUUAAAGAAUGCACCAGCGACUUUUCAAAGGCUGAUGAAUUCAGUACUGAUGGGACUACAAGGACUUAGAUGCCUGGUCUACCUUGAUGACAUCGUGAUCUACGAAUCAAGUCUAGACGAUCAUAACAAGCGACUUAAAGAAGUGCUACAACGACUGCGGAAAUUUAACUUGAAGCUGCAGCCAGAUAAAUGCGAAUUUUUUCGCAAAGAAGCGGGAAGAGCAAACGCAAAUGCUGACGCCUUAAGUCGCAACGCGAUACCGGGACCAUUGCUAGAAAAGGAUGAAAAAAUUCUAAAGAUAGAGGAAGAAGAAGAAACAGAUGCUGACAAUAUAACAACAUACACAGAAGAAGAGAAAAAACAGAUAUUAUCAGAGUAUCAUGAUGCACCUAUAGGAGGGCAUCAAGGAAUUGAAUGA